CUCCCUGCAAAACACAAAAACCCAGCAAAAACCCCGCACAAACCCAACAAGAAAAAAAUUGUAGCAGAAGACCAAAAUGUUUCCGUGUUUUUCAUACCCAGCUGCACAAUCUGUAAACCCAGCAAUUCUCUGUCUACCCUCUUUUUCCUCCCACCACAUCAAAUUUCCCCAACCUCAGCUUCAGCCAAAGCAACCCAAUAAGAAGAUGCAGCGGCAGACGCUGCGGUGGUGCGGCACCUAUGAGGUGGGCGGCGGAUACCCGGAUGAAGGAUUUGGCGCACAAGGGAAGAACAGAGCUGCCCGAGAGCAAGACAGCUCAAAAUUGGAGCCUGCCCAAUACGAAGCCCUUCUCAGAGGUGGUGAGCAGGUCACUUCUGUUCUUGAAGAGAUGAUCGUACUUUUGGAGGAUAUGAACAUGGAUGAGGCAUCUGAAGAGGUGGCAGUGGAAAUUGCUGCACAGGGGGUCCUAGGGAAGAGAGUCGAUGAAAUGGAGGCCAGUUUCAUGAUGGCUCUAGAUUACAUGAUCCAACUCGCUGACAGUGACCAAGAUGAUAAGCGCAAGUCUCUAUUGGAGGUGAUCAAGGAGACAGUAUUAUCCUAUCUUACGAAAAAAUGCCCCCCACAUGUUCAAGUGGUUGGCCUACUCUGCAGAACUCCCUUAAAAGAAAGCAGGCAGGAAUUACUACGCAGAGUGGCUGCCGGUGGUGGUGUGUUUAAAAGUAAAAAUGACAUCAAAGUUCAUGUUCCAGCUGCAAAUCUUAAUGAUAUUGCUAACCAGGCUGAUGAUAUACUGGAGACAAUGGAAACUCGGCCUAUAGUUCCAGAUCGAAAACUGCUUGCAAGACUUGUUUUGAUCAGAGAGGAAGCUCGGAAUAUGAUGGGAGGUGGAAUACUAGAUGAGAGAAAUGAUCGUGGAUUUAACACUCUUCCAGAAUCCGAGGUGAAUUUCUUAACCAAACUGGUAGCUUUAAAGCCGGGGAAGACUGUCCAGGAGAUGAUAAAAAAUGUAAUGGAAGGAAAAAAUGAAGGUGCUGACCACUCUAGCAGUGAUGAGGAAGAUGGCACUGGUGCGACGAGUGGAAUUGGAGGAAGGGAAAGCAUUUCAGGACGAAAACCACUUCCUGUGCGCCCUGGCAUGUUUCUUGAGACUGUCUCCAAGGUCUUAGGUGGUAUAUAUGGUGGAAAUGUCUCUGGUAUCACAGCACAGCAUCUAGAAUGGGUUCAUCAGAAGACACUUGAAGUUCUUCAGGAAAUAGCAUUUUGAACAUUUUACUCGGGAAUCGGACACAAGCGUGGCUCGAAUCAUACUUUGUUUAAAGGAAAGCACCCAGAAUCAGCAAAACUGAUGAUGAAAAUUCAACAGUGUCCAAUGAACACCAGUGCAACACCAUGUGUGGAAAUGUCCCACAAAUAUGGAUUUUGAUAUGCUUGCAUCAGUGCAAACUUCGGUGGACCUCGGUAAUGAUUCAUAUGCCUUGAGUAGUAGAAGCAAACACAGCAAGGAUCGGUACACAUUCCCCUAAUUAUUUAUAAAUCUUUUUUCCCACGCCUUUUUUUCUCUCUCUUUCUAUUUGCCUUUUCUGUAAAGCAAAUAUGGACCGUGUAUAAAGCUUCCUUAGUCCACAUUGGUAUGGCCAACCAUUGUUAUCUCUCCUAUGCUCUCUCAUAUGUGCAAAAUCUCUUAGUUUAUGUUCAUGUGAUUAGCUUGUUUUGUUUAUAAGAUAAUGCUAUGGAUGAAGGUAGCGUUGCCCGCCCGCACCGUCUUUUUUGCAGAUUGGAGCCUCAGAACUAUGUGAAAAUAUGGAAGUUCUUAUGACCCACGAAUCGGAUGAUACUUUAGUAUAUGCUCUCUGUAAGAGAUUGAGAGUUUAAAUGGACUGAUUUGUUAUAUGAUGAUAACUGAACUGCUUAAUGAUUAUUAAUGAAAAGCCAAAUAUGAAUAUGGUCUGUGGGGAUGA